AUGGCUGAAUCCACGAUCUUACCAACCGAGCUUGAAUGGUACAUAUUUCGUCUGGCCGCAUACAACGCCAGUGAUCUAAGCGGCAUCCGUGUGCUCAUGCAGGUUGCCUGGCGGGUUAAAAAUUGGACCGAGCCACUGCUCUACCGCGUAUUUGCAAUCGGAUACAGCCCCGCCAAUGCGCGCUAUAUCGCCCCCAGCAUCCCUGUCCUGGACUUCUUUGCCUUCACCCGCCUUGUGCAGGACAAGGGCCCGGCGUGGUUUGCGCAGACGGUGGAAGACCUGCUCCUGAUAAAUCUACAUCCAGGACCGACGGCGGAGGUCCUCGCAGCAUGCACGGGUGUCCGCCGUCUCACCGUUUCCACACUCCGCCCUCGCCGUGAUGACCCCGCCGUUCCCUUCGAAAGCGCCCUCGCCGCGCUCACACGCCUGGAGGUCUUCCACGGGCGCCUCGACCAUUUUUUCGACGUGCUAGCAUUGGGCUUCCACAUCGCGGACCAGCUGUGCCUUGCGCAUCUCACCCACGCCGAGCUCGUGGAUACCCCGAGCGCCGGCCGGCCGCCGGUCGACAGGGACCGGCUCUGGCGGGCGGUCCUCGCACUGCCGUCUCUCACGCAUCUCGCCUGCUCGACCGCGCACUGGGCUGCCCUGUCGGCCGACUCGGCCGACGCCGUCGUCGCGGCGCUGCACCCGGCGGGGCGGCUGCACGCCUUUGUGUUGAUCCGCUACAGCCCCGGUACAGUCCCGCGAGUCAGCGCCGCGCUCCGGCAGCGCGCGGGCUUCGUGUUGUUCAUCCACGGUAUUGGAUAUUGGGCGCAGGACUGGAGUAACGGCGCGAGCCUGCACGAGGAGGGCGACUUUUGGACGCAAGCGGACGAGUUCAUCCGGAAGCGCACUGCGGCAGCGGGUGGUGACAACGGAGAUACCUAUGCCCUGCAUACACCCCAUCCAAUACCAAACCUGGACCAGGACUGGGGGAAAAUAAUAGAGUCCUAA